AUGCGUCGUAAUAUGAAGCUAGACAAUAUCGAAGUACUUCGGGAUAUAUUCCGUGGAAUUCGAAACAUCGGGGACCAGCUUGCCGGAGGUGAAAAACAGCAAAAUUCGAAACGCAUAACACUAUUUUAUUUUUCUGGAUUCUUUAGUACUGUACAAAAUCUGCUAAUCGUUAAUGACAAAUUCAGUGGACAGUGUAAUUGCUCAAUUUUAUUUAUGGCUUCUGUAAUGACUACCGUGCCAGCAUCUGUGAAUAUUUUGAGUGCAAGUUUUAAUAUAUAUGUAUUGGUUGUAAAAUGUAAAAUCAAGAAAGAAGAUAUAGAUGUAGCAAGUCAGUGUUUUGCUCCAGAAGAAUUUAAAAUUGGCACCGAGCUGUGUAGACGACUAUCAAUGAAUUCCAAUAGCGACAGAUCUCAGGGCAAUAACUACAGAGAUAUUGUUUCAUCUGGCGAAAAUUGUGGAAUAUGA